AAGAUGUUCUAAAAGAAUGUGACACACACAGAACGUUUGGAAUUUUGCCAUGUCACUGUUUGCAAGACGACUAACACAACCUGCGGAUCCACACAAUCUGAACAUUUAACAGCUUUUACAGUUAAGCCUGUUUUUUGUUUUUUUUUUACUGUUUCUGAAGUCCAGUUAUGAAAACCAGAGCUGGAAAGUGAGAUGACAUCUUUCUGUACAAAAAUCUGUUUAUCAUGGCAGAGGACAGCAGCAGUGACUCAGAUGUGUACCCGAUCCCGAGCGACUAUGAGCUCAUUGACUUUGUGGGAAGUGGGGACUAUGGAACAGUGGCAAAGUGCAAGAACAGGGACACCGGCGAGCCUGUGGCCAUAAAAGUCUCAAGAUUUGUCCAAACCGCUAUGCGGGAGGCGUCCAUUUUACAAGAACUAAUGAGACAAAAUCUGGACCAGUACAACAUUGUGAAGUUCUAUGACUGGUACCAGAUGAACAACAGAACUGGUCUGGUGUUGGAAUUGCUGGAUAUGAACCUCUUGGACUACAUGAAGGAGGAUCGUCUGCCUUUAAAGGACAUCAGGGUCAUAAUCCAGCAGUUGGCCACAGCAUUUAACGCACUGAGGAGUGUCGGAGUGAUCCACGGAGAUUUGAAACCAGACAACAUCAUGCUGGUGAAGGAUCAGGAGCAGUCCUUCACAGUGAAGCUUAUUGACUUCGGCUUGGCGUUUCACAGUUCUGAAGCCGUGGUGGGCUCUAGUCACCAACUACCUUACUACAGGGCUCCAGAGAUCAUGUUAGGACUCACCUUCACUGAGGCCAUCGACAUGUGGUCUCUUGGCAUCGUGAUGGGGUUCAUGAUGCUCGGAGCUCUCAUCUUCCCGUGGUUCUGUGACUAUAACCAGAUGAAGUCUAUUUGUGAAAUCUUGGGCCAACCAGCGGACCAUCUUCUGGAUGCUGGUCUAAAAACAGAGGAGUUCUUCAUCAAGACAUCUGACAAUCAGUGGACCCUCAUUUCACAUGACCAGUACUGGAAACACAAGAUUUCCAGUGGCAACAAGAAAUUCGCCUUCAGCUCUCUGGAUGAUCUGAAAAUGUUGAGUGAGGAGCUAGAGAGCGAAGCCGAAGCCGAAGGUUGGAGGCAGUGCAUCGAACUGCUAAAAGAGAUGCUUCGGGUGGAUGCCAGUGAAAGGAUUACUCCCAGUGAGGUCCUCAGGCAUCCCUUCAUCACACAGAGCUACCUGAAUGAAGCCCUGCAGCCAGCAGCCGAUGAGCUGAGUUCCAGCCAGGCCUGGACCAACUUUAGGACAGAGACUGCAACCAAGGCGGAUGACAGUACCCAGGCGGGCCAGGCUCAGGACACUCAGGGUGCCAGAAAUACCACAUUAGAGUGCCUCAGUGACAUGCUGAGUUGUGCCACUCUAAUGUUGGAUCCUGACCCUGCUGCAGCUCCUGGCAUUGCUCAGGACACUGUGGAGAUCCAGACAGAGCUGGAGGACACCACAUCUGAUGACAGCGAGCCCCAUGAGGCAAGGAAGAAGAAAAAGACGAAGAAGAACUGCAUAAGACGCUUCUUCUCAUGGAUGAAGAGGACAUUUAACUGUCCUCAAUGAAGAUGGUAGCCUUAUUAGCCUACAUAACCAACGAAGAUGGGCUGUGCUAGUUCUGGAUGGGCUAUAGGGUUCAGCAUGCUUAGUAGUAUACUAAUUCGUCCAGUGUGAUGUCCAACCACGUCUACAGCCAGAAGUAUUUAUAACUCUUCUGAAUGGUCGCACUCAAAGCAAAAGCCUGAUCUCUGUCCAAGAACUCUGGGUCUUUUGAGUAUCUUUGUAGUCUUGAAACAAUGAAUUAUACAAAUGAGGAUUACAGCGCACACUUUCAGACACUCCCUCCUCGAAGGCAUUAAUGGUGUUGUACACAGUUGUUCACACAAAAAAUGAUGGAAGUAGUUGUGUGAAGAAUGAAAAAAGAGGGUUUAAGUUUAAACCCUGUGUGUAAAAUGAUCAGAUAAGCACUUUGUUUUAAGCAUACUGAGACCUUAAAGUGCACAGUUACAAAGGAGUCAUAAAGUCAACAAUCUGACUCAGUAAUGUCACUAACACAGCAAUAUCUGUCCAAGGUUUUCCAACAUUAGCUAACUGCUAACAUAAGCUACUGGUCAUACCAGACCAAGAAAGGCUGUAGCAGUAGAACCCUGGAAUAAUCAAGGGAAUGUUUUAUUGCAUAUAAAUUCAUUACAUUUUUAUUUGUAAGAAGAUGAAAGUGAUAUUUCUUCUUUCAAAAGUUGCAUAGUCUCGCUUUAAAGGGCAGCGGAAUUGUCCGAGUCAGAUUUUCUCUUUGUAUGAAAUCAUAUACAAAUGAAAACUGAUUUCACAAAUCUGUCAUAACUUUUAUCUAAGCAAGCGUCACAACUUGUGUAUUUUCAUAUACAUAAACAAAUACUGCAUGACCUGUGUAAUGCUGGUGAUUAUCUGAAUACCAAACAAUUUUGCAUAUGUAUUUUGUAGAAAUAUAUUCAUCAAAACUAAAAGGGAAAUG